AUGCUCAACAAGGCAAAAGAGAACCCGAUCACAGGUGGUGGAAAUUUGAUCACUCCGGCGGAGAUCGCGACGAUGCAAUCCGAACUCUUAGGACUGAAACACGUCGGUCAGACGCUGCAAAAUCUCCUUGCGGCGACCGGUGAAGGAUUUGCCACACACCAACCAAACAACAUCGUUUCCUACUCAGCGCCAAAGACACUCGGAAAGUUAGUGUUUGCCGACGAAGAGCCAUCGACUAGCAGUCGAGCCGAGACAAGCAAUAGACAACAACGGGAAAAACCUUCAACUUCCAAACCGAAGCCAAAGCCGAAGAGCCAAAAAGUGACAACUGAAACACGUGCGGCGCCAUCAAAAGAAAAAUCGAAAAGAUCGAAAAAAGGAAAU